UACGCUUUUAUUAGCUUGGGUUGUAUGUAUGUAUGUAUGUAUGUAUGUAUGUAUGUAUGUAACGGAAUCUUUGAGCUUAAUUUUCACUGAUUUCUAAACGUCUGAUCAACUUGAAACUUUGCACACGUAUCAAGGACCGAUGACAAUGCAAUAUUUUGAUAAGAGUUUCUCAUUAUCCUUAUUAAAACUGCCAGGAUUAAUAAAUUCAUUUUUAGAUCCUUCGUAUGAGAGUAAGAGAGACAGAGAUAGCACCAGUGCCAGUAAUCUCCAUACAAGAAACCAAGAAGUUCUGACGUAUAAGGAGUCCAAAAAGAGAUGUAAUAUAUUUCCAUAUAAUGUUACUAUUAACCUGAGGCUUUUUUAUUUCAUCGCAUCGCUCCAUUUAGAAUUACCAUUAGAAACAAUAGUAGAAUUAGUAGAAUAUUUUAAAACAAUAAAAAAUAUAUAAGUAAUAAAACAAAAGUAAUAAAUGAAAAUUGAACAACUAAAUUUACAACAAUACAAGAAUAAAGUUACUACCUACAGAACUUUGCGAUAUUUAAUACGUAUUUAACAUAUUAAUGCGAUUCUUGAAUUAACAUUAUGUAACUUUUGCAUAUUUAUAAUAGCAACACUGUAAUACUCGCUUGUAAAAUGAGUGACAGUUUGUUUAUUUAUGUAAAAUAAGUUUUGCAGUAAGUUUUGAAUUCGAUUCUAACACCUGUAAACUUUCUUUCUGUUUUUUUACCGGUGCCUGUGUAUUUACCUAUUUGCACUUUGUUUUGUGCUGAUAACUUGUCGUUAUUUGGAGUUUGGAAUCUUCCGUUGAGUCGAGCUUUGUUCUUCCGGAUAUUCGUGUGAUUUUAUCAUCUGAGAUUGGACUCUGACUGUGUUCACUGUGUUGUGCAGAUAUUUUGAGAUAGGACUCCUGUAAAAAGUACCUGAUUAUUUGAGAUAGGAGUCCCAAGUUUGUGUUUGUUUUUGUGAAAGACAGAUUUUACUACAAAAGUGCCACGAUGUCUUCAGAUAAACAUUGUUGCGUUCCUGGUUGUAAAGGCAGUGGAGAUUGCCUCCACCUCCAACUCUACCGCGACCCGAAAGACCGCUUCAAAAAAGGACAAACGAAAGCGUCCCUCUCACUCCAACACUUCCUCGGUUUCGAGUCAGGAUUCACCCUGGACAAAGAGUCUAACACUAUAGCAAUAAUAUGCCAAGACGUGACAGUGGUGUUGGCGUUUGAGACGAGGGAAAGGCUGAUAGCGUGGCAAGUGAAAGUGGGGGGGCAGCUUGGGUCUUCGAAGGAGUUCUUGGUGAUGGUCGGGAGUGGGGGGUCGAAGAAGUUGCCGGCUGGACCGGCGAGGUUGCACCUCCAGGGCAGGAGGUUCGCGUUGACUAGCGGCGUGCCGCCCCGUUUGCUUGGACUUUGGGAGCUGGCUCAUUUGAGACGGUAUGGCGUAGUGGACGGGAGAUUUUGUUUCGAAGGUGGCUCCCACUGCGGGAAAGGUGAAGGUCUUCACAUGCUCAUCACCGAUCAAGCUCAAGAUAUCACCGACUUGUUCGAUUUCGCAGUUCAUGGAAACCAGUCGUUGCAACGCACUUCUACUUCACGAAAAGGCACUAACAAAGGAUCCAAAUCACGGCCAAAUACUCGUCUCUCUGAUUUCAAUACAAUAGACCAAUCUCUGCCUGAUACGUCAAGCGGCCUAUAUGAAGAAAACUUUUUUGGAGAAGAUUGUAGUGGAGUCUCGCCAUACUGGCCUUCUGAUGAAAGAAGAUUUGAUGAACAUGACCUCAGACCUAAUGAUACAGACUGUCCCAAACCGUUGUGGAGUGGAGCUGAUCAUGUGACUCUCGAACGAUGUAAUACUUGCUUGACGAAACUUGGAGCAAUGUCCAGAUCUUCAACAGUAGCACUUACUCCCGGAACUAAUUUCAAUCCAGCGUGGACAAUGGAUCCAGUACCUGAAAGCAGUUCAGAUAAUUCUUCAAAUAGCACCGAGUAUUUAAGUCCUAAGGCUAUCAAGAGAACAUUGGAAGGGUGUCAUUGCGGCAAACCUCCGUUGAGACCACCUAAGCCUCCAUAUCUAGAUCACAAGAAGCCUCCAGCCCCGUUACCUACGACGCAUAACUGCACUUGCGCAGUUAACGAUAACACUUACAUAAAUAAUUCCAAAGUGGGACCUUACGAAAAUUAUGACGUUCCUAAAACAGCUCUCGUUGAGGUUGACAACUCGGAAUAUUAUGAUACUCCAAAACGUAUAAAACAAGCAUUAACAGAUGACCUUUUCCAAGUUACGAAAAAUUCUACACCUGGAGCUCUUGUUCUGAAGAAAAAUUGUGGCUGUAUUCUUAAAUUUGGUUCUAAGAAGAAACCUGUAGUAGUAGAGUGUGAGGAAAACCUGCAACCAGUAGAGUGUCCAUGUCAAAAAGUGACAAAUUGGGCAAAUAGUCUUAUAAGUCUUCCAUAUUGUAAGAGACCUACUGGUAAUGAAGUAAGCACGGAAAUUUUGACAAAUCAAAAAUUAAAUGAAAUGGCUCUCUAUGCAACAGUAGAUGUAACAAGAAAAACGAAUAGGCAAAGUAAUUCAACUAUAGAUAAAGAACCUGUGAGUACAUCUCAGGAACAAGAAUAUACAAAUUAUCAAAACAUUGAACCUAAAAGUGAAAAAGAGUUUGAAGGUCCUUAUGCAAACUAUGAGAACCUAGAAUUUGCUUUAUCAUUAGAAUACUAUGAAAAUGCAAAAGAUUUACUUAAGAAAGCUGGUGUAACUCAAACUGAAUUGGAUGCUUUGAGUGCAAAUAUAGAAAUGGCAGCAACAGUUUUACCUAAAAAAACAAAAUCAUGCUCCAAAUGUUGCCAUUCUCAAACAGGGAAUCAACAAAAAGAUGGAUGUAAAAACAAGGGUGACGAAUAUUUACUCAUGGAGCCUACUAAUGAAAUGCAACGUGAAACUUGCAAUCGAACUAUUGGCCCUAAUCCAGGAUACACACCUAUGUCUCCAAAUCCUAAUUGGUCUCAAAGUUUGAAACAUCCCUUACAAAAAGUUCAACGUGUUGAAAUUGAAAAAUCGCUAAGUAUACCCACAUUGAACGGCAGCGGCAUUAGAUCUAGUGUACAAAAUUUAAUUGGAAAUAAUAACAAAGAAAUGUUGCAAAAACGCUCAAGUUCCGUUGAUUCUGGGAGACUAUUAGAAGAUCUAAAAGAGUUUGAUAGCAGCAUCGGAAGCCAUGCUACAUCAUCUUCUUUAGAAACUUUACGAAACUUAGCUAUUGAAAACAGAAGAACGUCAUCGUCUUGUGAUAAUGAAAGAGAGUGCUACGAUUGCUGCAAGUCUUCAGAAUCUGAUAAUAAGACUUCUGAGGAAAGUUCAUCCAAAGAAGCACCACACUUAAGAAAUAAGCAUAUGGAUAACGCUCAGAUUAAAAGGUCAUGUAGCGUUCCUUGCAAAUCCGGUGGUAACCGAGACUCGUCUAGUUCUAAUGACUCUGGAGUUUCAAGUUGUUCACUAAAGCAUGGCGCAGAGUAUAAUGAGUUUGAAUUACCAUUGACCUCAGGACAAUCACGCUAUCAGUACAUGAUGCACAGAAGGAUGAGAGGGAAUCUGUCUGGCUGUCUCCACUCAUCUUUACCCAGAAAAUCAAAGUCCUCGGAUCCAUUGCGAGACUUGUCUAUGCAGGUUCAUAGAGCAAAUGUACCAGCAAAAUCUUCAUCUGCUGAAGCCGAAGUUCCAGUCUUGCCUCCAAAGCAAUUCAAAGGAGUUAUGGAUACGCACAGCACAUCAAGCGGAACAUCAGAUAUGUCGGAUUACAUCGAAACAUUGUCAUUGACGUCUUCGCAUUCGUCAUCAGAAACUGGUGUCAGGUUACCUCGCCAGCCUACCAGUACCUUAAGGCCUCGCUCUGGGAAAGAGUACCAUAAUCUAGAUCCUAUUCUGACCUCUAUGUAUAAAAGUGGAAAAGAGUUAGCUAACUAUACUAAUUUACCUUAA